UUACAUUUCAACAUUAGAAGUGACUGGUGUUAGCUAAAGGUUUGAUGUGGUUAACGUCUUCCCUCUGUGGGAUUAAUAAGUGAUUCACGUGGACAAAAGCAUAUCUCCCAAUAUUUCCGACGACACCCGAACGCAACACAACCCCACCUCUCCCCCCACGCUGGAGGUGAUUAACAGACGCUGAACUAACACAGAGACGCCGCUCUGGACGCUCCCUUCGACCGGCGGACAGUCCUCUCUCCAUCCAGAACUCCAUUCAAAGUGCUGAGAUCCAGAUGAGAGCCCCAUUUCAGCCCCAUCCAGCACAGCAGACAGGCUCCGAGUUAAACUAAAGACAGCGGGGAAGGGCUUCAGAGCCACUCCAGACUUGGAGAGUCACCUCUGGGAUCCUACUUUUGUCUGUAGAGUGGAUUUAGGACGAGAGGGAGCAACUCUUGCGGAGAUAAAGAGGGGGGGACACCGGCAGCCAAAAUGGAGGUGAAGACGUCACUUCUAGACAAUAUGAUUGGGGUUGGGGACAUGGUCCUCCUAGAGCCCCUGUCUGAAGACUCAUUCCUGGAGAACCUGAGGAACCGCUUUGACCACAAUGAGAUCUACACAUACAUUGGCAGUGUGGUGAUCUCCAUGAACCCCUACAGGUCCCUGCCCAUCUACACGCCAGAGAAAGUGGAGGAUUAUCGCAACAGGAACUUCUAUGAACUUAGUCCACACAUCUAUGCUUUGGCAGAUGAGGCCUACCGUUCACUGAGGGACCAGGACAAGGACCAAUGCAUCCUUAUCACAGGGGAGAGUGGGGCUGGGAAAACUGAGGCCAGUAAGCUGGUGAUGUCAUAUGUGGCAGCGGUGUGUGGGAAGGGCCAGGAGGUGAAUAAGGUCAAGGAACAGCUGCUGCAGUCCAAUCCCGUGCUGGAGGCCUUUGGAAAUGCCAAAACAGUAAGGAACGACAACUCCUCCAGAUUUGGGAAGUACAUGGACAUUGAGUUCGACUUCAAAGGGGAUCCUCUCGGUGGAGUCAUCAGCAACUAUCUGCUCGAGAAGUCACGUGUGGUGAAACAGCCAAGAGGAGAGAGGAACUUCCACGUCUUUUAUCAGCUCCUGUCUGGAGCUUCUGACGACACACUCAGGAAGCUGAAGCUGGACCGGGAUUUCAGCAAGUACAACUACCUGAGCCUGGACUCAGCUGUAGUCAACGGGCUGGAUGAUGCAGCCAACUUCAGGACAGUCAGAAAUGCCAUGCAGAUCGUGGGCUUCAUGGAGGACGAGGUGCAGUCGGUGCUGGAGCUGGUGGCCGCUGUGCUGAAGCUCGGCAACAUCGAGUUCAAGCCGGAGUCGCGCUGCAACGGCACCGACGAGAGCCGCGUCAAAGACAAAAACGAUCUGAAGGAGAUGUGUGAGCUGCUGGGCAUCGAACAGUCAGUGCUGGAAAGGGCGUUCAGCUACCGCACAGUAGAGGCCAAGUUGGAGAAAGUGUCCACUACCCUGAACGUGGCCCAGGCCUACUACGCCCGAGAUGCCCUUGCCAAAAAUCUCUACAGUCGUCUCUUUAGCUGGCUAGUUACAAGGAUCAAUGAAAGCAUAAAAGCACAAGCUAAAACUCGCCACAAGGUCAUGGGUGUGCUGGACAUCUAUGGCUUUGAGAUAUUUGAGGACAACAGCUUCGAGCAGUUCAUCAUCAACUACUGCAACGAGAAGCUGCAGCAGAUCUUCAUCGAGCUGACCCUGCGCGAGGAGCAGGAGGAAUAUGUCCGAGAGGGCAUCGAAUGGACCAACAUUGAAUAUUUCAACAAUGCUGUUAUCUGUGACCUCAUUGAGAAUAACCAAAACGGCAUCUUGGCCAUGUUAGACGAGGAGUGCCUGAGGCCUGGGACAGUCACUGAUGAGACCUUCCUGGACAAACUGAACACCAUCUGUGCUGAGCACCAGCACUUCGAGAGCCGCCUCAGCAAGAAUUCAAAGUUCCUCACCGACCACAGCCUGCCACACAAUUGCUUCCGCAUCCAGCACUACGCUGGCAAGGUGCUGUACCGUGCCGAGGGCUUUGUAGAUAAGAACAACGACCUGUUAUACCGGGACCUGUCACAAGCCAUGUACAAGGCCAACCACAGCCUCAUCAAACAGCUGUUCCCUGAAGGCAACCCAGGCAAAGUGAACCUGAAGAGACCACCAACUGCUGGAUUCCAGUUCAAAGCAUCCGUGGGGACGCUGAUGAGGAACCUGCAGACCAAGAACCCGAACUACAUCCGGUGCAUCAAGCCCAACGACAAGAAGGCAUCCCACAUCUUCACCGAGUCUCUGGUCCGCCAUCAGGUGCGCUACCUGGGCCUGAUGGAGAACGUCCGUGUGAGGAGAGCAGGGUACGCCUUCCGCCAGGCCUACGAGCCCUGCCUGGAGCGCUACAAAAUGCUCUGCAAAAAGACCUGGCCCCAUUGGAGAGGGCCUGCCAGAGAAGGAGUAGAGGUGCUGAUGUCUGACCUUCAGGUCCCCACUGAAGAGUUCUCCUACGGCCGCUCCAAGAUCUUCAUCAGGAACCCAAGAACGCUCUUCUUCUUGGAGGAGAGGAGGAGGCAGUGCCUACAAGACUUGGCCACGCUCAUUCAGAAGAUCUACCGCGGCUGGAAGUGCCGCAGCCACUUCUUGCUGCUGAAAAAGAGUCAGAUCGUGGUGGCAGCGUGGUACCGUCGAUACGCACAACAAAAGAAAUACCAGAAGAUCAAGAGCGCCACCACUGUGGUGCAGUCCUACACCAGAGGAUGGCAGGCCCGCAAACUCCUGAGAGAGCUGAAAUAUCAGAAGAGAUGUGAAGAGGCAGCAACCACCAUCGCAGCCUACUGGCACGGCACCCAGGCUCGGAUGGAACUGAGACGUCUAAAACAAGAAGCGCGGAAUAAACAUGCCGUGACAGUAAUUUGGGCAUACUGGCAGGGAACCAAGGCUCGGAGGGAGCUGCGUCAGCUGAAGGAGGAGGCGAGGAAUAAACAUGCCGUAUCGGUCAUUUGGGCCGGCUGGCAGGGCACCAAGGCUCGCAGGGAGCUGAGGAGACUGAAGGAAGAAGCCAGGCGUAAGCAUGCUGUCGCUGUGAUUUGGGCCUACUGGCAGGGACUCAAGGUCCGCAGAGAAUACAGAAAAUUCUUCAGGGCAAAUGCAGGCAAGAAGAUCUAUGAGUUCACCAUCCAGAGAAUUAUGCAAAAGUACUUCCUGGGACUGAAGAGGGACUUGCCUUCCAUGUCACCCAUAGACAAGAGCUGGCCCUCCAGGCCUUACCUCUUCCUGGACGGAGUCCACACAGAGCUCCGGAGAAUCUUCCACCUCUGGAGGUGUAAGAAAUACAGGAGCACAUUCACAGAGGAGAAGAAGGCAGUGUAUGAGGAGAAGCUGGAGGCAAGUGAGAUCUUCAAGGAUAAAAAGGCUCUCUACCCGAGCAGCGUGAGCCAGCCCUUCAAAGGAGACUACCUGGAGAUCCGCAAGAACCCCAAGUACCAGAAACUGAACAGUGCUGUGGAGGAGAAGGUUCUGCUGGCUGAUGUGGUCAACAAGAUCAACAGGGCCAAUGGCAAGGGUACAGCUCGGAUCUUCCUGCUGACUAAGAACAGCGUUGUCCUGGCUGACCAGAAGACAGGCCAGGUGAAGGCCAGCGUCCCUCUGCCGGACCUCACCAGUGUGUCAGUCAGCACACAGAGUGAUGGUUUCUUCGCUCUCAAACUUAAGGAGGGGUCAGCCUCAGCCGUCAAAGGAGACUUCUUACUCAGCAGCGAGCAUCUGAUUGAGAUCAUCACCAAACUCCACCACAUCGGCUCCACCGCUGCGGACAGGGAGCAGCUCAACGUUGACAUCUCAGACGAGUUUCUGGUGCAGUUCAAGCAGGACAAAGUAUGCGUCAAAUUCAUCCAAGGAGUCGCCAAGAACGGCAACAGUGUGUCCUGCAAGCGUAAGAACAACCGCCUGCUGGAGGUGUCAGUACCCGCAACAGCAUAGAGCAUCCCCCUCAACACCUCUCCAGUGCUGUUCUUGAGUGCUCAGAUUGGGCACGAUUAAAACACCAAACCACCAUCCACUCCGAAAACUCUGGUCUCAAGAACCAUCACCCCAGUGCCCACAAUGGGCCCAAAAAUGACAGUGCAGUUAUUUGAGCUUGUUGCGAUUUUUUUUUUUUUUUUUUUUUAAUUUUGUUUUUCGUUUUUUCCUUCAGUCUCUUCUUAUCAGAGUUACCAUGGCACCACUAUAGCUGUAACCAUGUGCCACCUUUUUUGGCAAAGAAAGCCCUUGUCGGGGUUGCAUGCCACAGAAAUUUGGUGAAAUGUUUCAAUGGUGUUUUGUAAAACUGGGGUAAAGAGUUGAAGACGGAUGAAAAAAAAAAAAAUCUUGUGGGCACAAGAGAUUUUUGUAUACCAAUGGUGAUGUUGAUAAUGAUUGUUCUGCCUGUAUGUCGAAUCAGUCUUUUGAGAUAAUGUUGUUAUUAUAAGAACCUUGUGACAAGCUCCAGCCUCAACUGGCCUCGACUGAUCCAUUUUUAAGUAUCUCUGUCUUAAAAUGUGAGACGGAUGGGGAACUUUUGGGCUCGGCCUGUCAGAAUUAGUGUCUCUGAAGAGAAUACUGCACUUGUCUUCACCUCGGUGUAACCAAAAGAUGAUGACCUGAAAAUGAAUUUGAUUGUAUGUUGUAUUAUUUUCUAUAUAUUUUUUCUGACAAAAAAAAAAAAGCACAGCGGGCAGUUGAGGAGUCAAAUGUAAUUUGCUAUAUUAUUGUAAAACCACUUUUUGUAUCCGCAAUUCCUAUGUGCCAUUGAACAGGUCCCAUGACUUGUCACGUGUCAGUGUACAAAUACAGACAUAGAAAAACCAUAUAGGUGAUGGACCCUGUUCAGUUCCUGUUAUUGACAAUAUGAUUGCCAGCAAAACUCUUUGAAAGGGGGGGUAUAUCAUCCUGUAGUGGCUGAUUCUUGUCAUCUUUGACAGCACUGCACAUGUGAUCAACUUCCAUUAUUCCCUACUAGCACAGUACAGUUUGUGACCAUUUCCAAGCUUUAUUUAAUCUCUAAAGAGUUAUUGUAAACUGAAUCCAAUGUUUUGCAAAGGCAGUAACACGUAGAAUGUCAUGUAUGAAUCAAAGAAGCAUUAUGUGGGACUUGAUUAAGGAUACUGACAAAGGCAGUGCAGACAUUCCAGUGGAAGUAUACCCGACCACAAGACGCAAAGGUACCCAGACCCUUUGUAAUGUCCUCACCCGAUUUUAAAGCUUUCAGUUUCUCUGGUGCAAAGUGAAACCCUUGACAUUGAUAUUUCUUUUGCGUGCAAUAAAUAAUGUUUUUUUUUCUCUUGAUUAUUCUUUUCCUGGCUAAACAGUAGUGACCACCAAUAGAAGUCGCCAUCACAAGCUGUACAUAGGCUUUAGGCUGUAGCCCUGGCAUGGACAAAGGGUUUCUUUAGUAUCCUAACUUUAAAUGCUGUGUUUAUGAAAUAGCUGUUUUUGCCACUGCAGCUUGAGCUAUUGUAGUGCUUGACCCACUCUGACCUAAUGUUUAUUUUUCAAGGGGGAAAGACCAAAUAUUAAGCACACGUGACCAUAGAUAUUUUUGAUGUAUCAGAAGAAAUUGAGCAAUUACAGCUUUUCCACCUUUCGAGUACUCGGUAUAUAUUUACACACAAGCCAAAUUUGAUUAUCAAAGAAGCAACAGUGCGCUAUAUUUUCAGGUAUGUUGACUAUAAUCUUUAUUUGGUUGUACUGGUAGUUUGUACUGAUUUCUAAGUCAACCAGUGGUUUCUCUGAGGGAAUAACACUUGGUCUAGUCGUGUUUUGCAAUCCGAUGUACCUUGGUUUGUGGCUGUUUUUUGUAUUUUUUCAUGUCACAUACGACAUAGGGAUUUGAGAAAUCGGUUGUUCCUGUCCCUUGCACAGGAACAACUGAGCUUAACGCCAGUCUUGAUGUAUUUGUUCCUUGGCUCUGCACAGUUUAAAUGCAAUUUUGCUAAGGGUGACAUCUCCCUCCCCUCUCCUCUCUUCUGUGUUUUGUAUUUGAACAAUGGCUAGAACUGCAAAAAUGAUGUCUGCAUUCUUGUGUGCCUAAUGUAAACCUGUGCUGAGACAGAACAUGGAAAUGUUUCAAUAGAACUCAAUGUAACAUUUACAAGUAAUCUUUUUUAAAUUAAAUAAAGAUCAGUAAUAAAUAAA